CACUGAUAAACUUCCGGUAGCUUUUACGUCGGUAACGGUUGAGCUUGACGCAGAAACCGAGAGGACGCUAACUGAGCAGCAGAUACUCUACAGGAGGAGAAGGACCUGCAGCAACAUGGGGAUCAAACUGUACUACACCACCGUUACUGCCUCACGGACGGUAAAGUCUCAACAGGCAGAAAUGAUGCGAAUCCUUGAAAGUAAAAGCAUCCAGUACGAGCUCAUCGACAUCUCUGUUGGCGUGGAGGUACGUGACGAAAUGAGAAACAAAGCAGGGAAGCCCGCUGCAGUCGCUCCCCAGCUCUUCAAUGAAGACCAGUACUGUGGGGACUAUGAAAUGUUUGCAGAGGCGGUGGAAGCAGAUUCAGUGCAACAAUUUCUGAAACUGGCCUGAGGAAAGUGGAGUGUAAUUCUCCAUCUUACCCCAAUUCCCUCACCCACCCUGUGCCCUGAUGGAGGCCCUUUAUCCAGUCUCUCUCUCUCUCUCUCUCUGCACCACUGGCAGUAUCUACUCACUUUCAAUGCCAUAAUGAAAAAUGCCAAAUAUCUCGUAUCUAACCAAUCAGAAGACACACAUUCCCCCUACUGCACCAUUAGACUCCUUCUUAAGCUGUUUUUUUCUGUUCUUUUCUUUUGAUUUAUUUCCUUCUCUUAGUCCAAUACGAAUCAAUGGGGUGUCUAAAUGUGCGGUAAUUAGGUCGACUAAUCUUGGCAGCGGCCACAUGAUCACUGGAGAUUAAGCUAAUCCACUGGGUGACAACAUUCAACCCAGAAUCUUCCUGAUCCUCUGCAGACCAAACACACAAUCAUCACUCAGUCUUAACUACUUUGUCGUCUUUUUCUGUAGCCUUCAAGUUCCUAUGUUGUACAUGACUGCACACUAUUUGUACUUCACAUGGAUGCAAAUGCACACGGACGUAGCAAGGACUGUAAUGUCCUUAAACCCAAUUAAUUAUAAGAAUUAUAGCAGCUAAAAAAGAUGCCUUUUUUGGCAUGGACAGCUUUUUUUAAUUUUGGUCCAUUGGUCACCUUAUGCAGUAUAUGACACGAGGUUCAGUUCUGAAGUGGAAACCCACUGUAUCACCAGAGCUCACAACUAGGGCUGCCACUAACGAUUAUUUUCACUGUUGAUUAAUCUGUUGAUUAUUUUCUCGAUUAAUCGAUUAGUUUUUUGGUUUAUAAAAUGACCAAUCAGUGUUU